UCACUUUCAUUUCUUUGGUGUCACAUGUUAGUAUUGUUUCUCUCUGUUUUGAUGUGCAGACAGAAGUGAUGAUUUUCAUUACAGGGUUUUAACAUAUAUUUUAGCGUCAACAAACAAUGUGGAUUUCUGUGUCACUCUUCGUGCUGACUUUGUCCGCACAGGUGUGGUCCAACGUUUGUCCUUGUGCACGGGAGGAACUCUGUCAACCCAUUCGAUCCCAACCGGCGUUUGAGGUUUUUGUAUUUGAUGUUGGGAAAAAGGCUUGGAAGUUUUAUGACUGGACUAAAGUGACAACAGUUGCAGCUUUUGGACAAUAUGAUGCUGAACUCAUGUGUUACGCUCACUCUAAAGGAGCUCGAUUGGUCCUGAAAGGAGAUGUGCCACUCCCAGAUAUUGUGGAUCCUGUAAAUAGGACAGCUUGGGUCGAGGCAAAGGUCCAGCUGGCAAAGAGUCAGUUCAUGGAUGGAAUAAACAUAGACGUUGAGCAGGCGGUGGAGACCGGUUCCCCUGAAUACUAUGCUUUGACAGCCCUUGUCAAGGAAACCACUGAAAGUUUCCACACAGAGAUCCCAGGCUCUCAGGUAUCAUUUGAUGUGGCUUGGUCACCCAAAUGCAUCGAUAAGCGUUGCUAUGACUACCUUGCCAUUGCCGAUUCAUGUGAUCUCUUGUUUGUUAUGUCCUAUGAUGAGCAAAGCCAGAUCUGGGAGGAUUGUAUAGCCAUGGCCAAUGCCCCCUUCAAUCAGACAUUGACAGCCUAUGAUCAAUACAUCAGCAUGAACAUUGACCCAAAGAAACUUGUGAUGGGUGUUCCAUGGUAUGGUUAUGACUACAGCUGCCUUAAUUUCUCAAAGGAUGGAAUAUGUACAAUUCCAAAAGUGCCAUUCAGAGGGGCUCCAUGUAGUGAUGCAUCCGGCAAACAAAUUCCAUACAGCAUCAUGAUGAAACAGAUCAACAGCUCAAUAUCAGGAAGACUGUGGGAUGAAAACCAGCGAGCUCCAUAUUAUAAUUACAAGGACACAGAAGGCAGGGUCCAUCAGGUGUGGUAUGAUGACCCAGAAAGCAUUGCCCUGAAAGCUGCCUAUGUGGCACAACAUGGUCUGAAAGGAAUCGGAAUGUGGAAUGGAAAUCUCUUGGACUACAGCAGUGAUCCAAUCGCCCAGCAACAGACUGUGGACAUGUGGAACGCCCUUAUACCCAAUGAACACAGGGAGUCUGCUGCUGUCUCAUAGGAUUCUCUGUUUUGUUUUGUUUUUUGUCAAUAUUCACAUAAAAUCAGAAGUAGUGCUUACCAUAAAUAUUUGUCAUAUUUGUCAUUGUCAUAAACUGAAUAAAUGGCACAUUACUUGUCAGCAACCAGUUAAUAUGUUAAAGAAGAAGUGUGUCAUUUUUUUGGAUGUCGUAACCCAUCUUAAUGUCUGCAAUCAAUUAUCAGUCAGACAUUCAUAGGUUGGUUUCCCCAAAAUGUGUAAAAACUGUGAUGCUUUCAAACCAUUGCUGUACAUCCUGAGCUCAACCAUCUCUUUAGCCGAUCAUUGGAGGACAGAGGAAGUGUUGGGGAAACUCAUUAUUUUUCUAAGUACAUUUGGUGACGUUAAUGGUGCAGAAAUUACAUAAUUCAUUUUUAAACAGCCAGACUAAAUCCAGGAAGCAGAUUUACACAUUACUCAAAUUCCAAAACAAUAUCUGUCAAAUCUCUUAAAUACUAUCUUUUGUGCUUUGUGUAAAUGUAAGAAGUCUUUUAUACAUAAUUUCAUAAUUUUCAGUGAAAGCUGAAUCACAACUUUUGUCCACAAAGAAAUCUAAUUUCUAAGAAAUCUAAUGUUAAGCACAUAGAUGUGUAUUCUGUGUUUCCUUAAAACUGAGCUCUCUUUUGCAUCAGUUCUGCUCUCAGGGAUGGUAGUUCUGUGGCAGCUUGCUUUCUCAACUAGACAAAUAAAGAUAAAUGAAUAAAUAAAUGUAGAAAGUAACAAAAGAAUUAACCAGGGCAUGUCUGUUUGGUACAGUACCUUGAUCUCUGUAGCCAGUUUCAUUUUAGCAUCAUCCACAUUUUUCCUCAGAUUAUCAAUUUCACUGCUCUCCGUCAUAAUCUGGAUUAUCAACUCAUUCUGUAAGUGCAAAGCACAAUGUUUUUGAUCAAAAUAUUAAAUUAAGAAAGAAACAGCAGUUUCUUCCCUGUCGAGGAGUUCUACAAAUGAAGCAUGAUUGGGUCAUUAUUUUACUGAAAUGAGAGUAAUAAAAAAAAAAAAAAAAUAAAAAACUACCUUCAA